AUGGUUGUUUCCCAGCACUUGUCUGCUGAUGUUCCUCUAUUUUCGGAUUCCACUCUUUACAGGUCUAUUGUUGGCGCACUCCAAUACUUGACCAUCACGUGCCUCGACAUUGCUCAUGCUGUCAACUCUGUCAGCCAAUUUCUGCAUGCUCCAACUGAAGAUCAUUUUCUUGUUAUUGAGCGUAUUUUUUGUUAUGUCAAGGGCAACCUCCAUUUUGGCCUUACAUUUCGCCCAUUUGCUACUCCUGGUGCUCUAGUUGCUUACUCUGAUGCUAACUGGGCAGGUUGUUUCAACACUCGUCGUUCUACCUCUGGCUACUCUAUUUAUCUUAGCGACAAUUUGGUUUCUUGGAGUGCUAAGAAGCAACCUACCGUAUCUCGUUCCAACUGUGAAUCUGAAUAUCAUGCUCUUGCGCACACUGCAGUCGAACUUCUUUGGCUUAUGCAUCUCCUUCGUGACCUCCAAGUUCCCAUUCCACAACGGCCUCUUCCUUAUGCAAUAACAAAAGUGCUAUUUUUUUUUAGCUCAGCCCAUUUUCUCACAAGUGGGCCUAGUAUGUUGAAUUAG